CAAUAGAAGGCCUCUGAGUUCCCCGUUCCCUUUACUCGAGUGCUGCGCCUGAGCUUGGGCGUCAGGGCUGAACUGCUCCACGGAUCAAGAUGAGCGAUUGAUCCAGGGUGCAUGCGGGGCGCCCAGCCUAGAAGAGGGGCGAAGCUCCCAUUAGCAUCUUUGGUCUGAACUCGAAUCCUCUUUGCUGACAUCAGAAAUUGCCAUUGAACAUGUCGUCCCCCAAGAGAAGCCCACCUUUCCGCGCCGAGCACGUAGGCUCUCUUCUUCGACCCCAGGAGCUGGUUCAGAAGAGGUAUGAUGUUGCCUCGGGCAGGGCUCAACCAGAGGAUCUGGUCCCCCUUGAGAAGAAGGCGGUGGCAGAGGUUGUGAAGUUCCAGCAGGACUGUGGUCUCAAGGUCGUAUCCAGUGGAGAGUACACUAGGCACAUGUUCUGGGGCUCCUUCUUCGAGACCCUGAAUGGCAUGAAGGAGCUUCAGCUCGGUUUUCCGAAAGGGUUUGAUGCUAGCAUCUUCCGCCCCUACGCGCCUGACGUCAAGUCCUUCAUGGAGGCUAAGGAGGUCCCUAACCAUGUUACUGUCUGUGUUGACAAGAUCAGCCACACAGGCAAGUCGAGCAACCAGUACGAAGUAGAUCUCAUGAAGAGCUUACUCCCCGAGAGCGAGUGGAACAACAUCAAAAUCACCCUGAUCUCCCCGAGCUGGUACCACUUCCGUUACUUGAACGGACGCAGCUUCCCCAAGGAGGUGUAUGCGAACGAUGAGGAAUACUUUGAGGAUGUAGCGAAGGCAUACCAAAAGGAGCUGAAGAUUCUACACGCGCAAGGCAUCAGGAACAUCCAGAUCGACGAUCCCAACCUGGCGUACUUCUGUUCGAAGGACAUGUUGGAGGGCUGGGCUGCAGACAAGGAGAACAACCGCACAGCUGACGAGAUGUUUGACGCAUACGUCAAGUUCUACAAUAAGUGCUUCGAGCGCCCAUCGGAUAUGCAUCUUGGCAUUCACCUGUGCAGAGGCAACUACGUGGGCAGCCGCCACUUCUCAGAAGGCGCUUACGACAACAUCGCCAAGAAGCUGUUCCAGGACCUGAACGUCGACACCUACUACCUCGAAUACGAUACCCCCCGUGCCGGAGGCUUCGAGCCUCUUGCGCAUCUGCCUAAGAACAAGAACGUUGUCCUCGGCGUCAUCACAUCGAAGUUCCCCGAGCUCGAAAGCAAGGACGAGAUGAUUGCUCGCGUUAACCAGGCCGCUGACUGGAUCGCGAAGGGCACUGGACAGUCUCGUGAGGAUGCUAUUCAGCAGUGCUGUGUAAGCCCGCAGUGUGGAUUCGCUUCGCAUGCGGAGGGCAAUUCGCUGGGCUACGAGGACAUGCGCAAGAAGCUGCAGCUUGUGAGGAGCAUUGCUGAUGCUGUGUGGCCAGGCCAGCAAUAGGAAUUGGAUUUUAAAAGGAACGUAGAUGUAGCGUGUGAGCUAAAAAAAAAGGUGAGUAGUUUAUAGCGGAUAUUGUCCACGACAAAAGCCUUUUGGGCUUUGUUUUUUUCGAUGCAAUCCCAUGUGCCUUUGUUGUUUACCGUUCAAUUGAUGAGUAUCCAAACGAUCACUGUACAGUCUGUUGAAUUGGCCUGGUCGUAAGACUAGAUUUGGGUAGCAUGCGCGUUGCUCUCUCAUGCUCACAAUAUCACCCUUGUCUGUAGUGCCCUGUCUCACAGGCAAAUCAUCU